AUGGUGUAUACUUUAGUUCUUUUAAGACAUGGUGAGAGUACAUGGAAUAAAGAAAAUAAAUUUACAGGAUGGACUGAUGUUCCAUUAAGUGAAAAAGGAGAAGAAGAAGCAAUAUCUGCUGGUAAUUAUCUAAAAGAAAAAAAUUUUAAAUUUGAUGUUGUUUACACUUCUGUAUUAAAAAGAGCUAUUCAUACAACUUGGAAUGUUUUAAAAACUGCUGACCUUUUGCAUGUACCUGUCAUAAAAACCUGGAGAUUAAAUGAGAGACAUUAUGGAUCUCUUCAGGGUUUAAAUAAAUCUGAAACAGCAAAAAAAUAUGGAGAAGAACAAGUUAAAAUAUGGAGAAGAUCUUACGAUAUUCCUCCACCAAAACUAGAUAAAGAAGAUAGCAGAUGGCCUGGACAUAAUAUUGUUUACAAAAAUGUACCAAAAGAUACCUUACCUUUCACUGAAUGUUUAAAAGAUACAGUUGAAAGAGUUUUACCAUUUUGGUUUGAUCAUAUUGCACCUGAUAUUUUAGCAAAUAAAAAAGUUCUUGUUUCUGCACAUGGAAAUAGCUUAAGAGGGCUAGUAAAACAUUUAGAUAGUUUAAGCGAAGCUGAUGUAUUAGAAUUAAACAUUCCCACUGGUGUACCUUUAGUUUACGAAUUAGAUGAAAACUUAAAGCCAAUUAAGCAUUAUUAUUUAUUAGAUAGCGAAGAAUUAAAAAAAAAAAUGGACGAAGUAGCUAAUCAAGGAAAAGCUAAAUAG